CAAGGGUUUAUAUAGUUUAGGGUUUAAGUAUCAUAACUAACCGAAACAAUAGUUGAAGAUACUAAAAAUUCAAACAUUGCAAUUUGCUUUCUCACUUCUAAUUGAGAAACAGUGUUUGAUUUUUGAAUGUUAUUACCAACUAUGCCUCUGUGCCCUAUGUGUAUAUAGCCACUAUUUGCAUGUACCCAUUUUUCAAGCACACACAGUAUCUUCACUCGACACUUUCUCAUUGUUCUACUCUCCUAGAUCACUGUUUAUCUCAUAAAUCUUCAAACUUUCUCAAUAUCGUUCAUGCCCACUUUCUCAAAUUGGGUCUUAAUUCAUAUACCUAUCUGGGUAAUCGCUGUAUCGAUCUUUAUACUGAGUUCGGCAACAUUAAUGAUGCAUUGAAGGUGUUUGAUGAUAUUUCUUACAAGAACUCAACGUCCUGGAACAUUUGCUUAAAAGGGUUGUUUAAAAGUGGUCAAGUUGGUAAGGCAUGUUACAUGUUUGAUGAAAUGCCUGUUAGAGAUGUUGUUAGUUGGAACACAAUGAUUUCGGGUUAUGCUUCUUGUGGAUUUUCUAGUCAUGCCUUGGGGGUUUUUGUUGAAAUGCAAGGUGCUGGUGUGAGACCAAGUGGGUUUACUUUUUCCAUUUUGACAUCGCUUGUGUCGAGUUCUUGUCGUGCUAAGGAGGUUCAUGGUAUGAUGAUUAGAAGUGGGAUGGAAUUGUCUAAUGUGGUGAUUGGAAAUUCGUUGAUAGCUAUGUAUGGGAAGUUUGAUCUUGUUGAUUAUUGUUUUGGCGUGAUUUUGAGUAUGAAGCAGCUUGAUUUUAUAUCUUGGAACUCUUUGAUAUGGGCUUGUCAUAGAGCCGGGCGACAAGAGCUUGCUCUUGAGCAGUUUUGUUGCAUGAAAGCUGCGGAGUUGUUGCCUGAUGAGUUUACGUGUUCAACAUUGAUGAGUGUUUGUUCCAACUUGCGAGAUUUGGAGAAGGGUAAGCAAGUUUUUGCCUUUUGUUUUAAGGUGGGAUUUGUUUAUAAUAGCAUUGUAUCAAGUGCUGCUAUUGACCUCUUUUCCAAAUGCAACAGAUUGGAGGAUGCUGUGCGGCUCUUUGAAGAACAAGAGCAAUGGGAUUCAGCUCUAUGCAAUUCGAUGAUUUCAUGCUAUGCUAGACAUGAUUUGGGGGAAGACGCUCUGCAGCUCUUUAUGCCAACCUUGAGGAAGAAUAUCAGACCAACGAAAUACACGGUUAGCUGUCUUCUGAGUUCUGUUUCCAUUUUCUUGCCAGUAGAAGUGGGAAAUCAAAUCCAUGCCUUGGUUCAUAAAUUUGGUUUUGAGUCCGAUUCAGUUGUUACCAAUUCACUUGUUGAUAUGUAUGCUAAAUUUGGAUUUAUUGAUAAUGCAUUGAAUAUCUUCAAUGAAAUAAAAACAAAAGAUUUGGUAUCAUGGAAUACUAUAAUGAUGGGACUGUCUUACAAUGGCAAAGUGUGUGUGACCAUGGACCUCUUUGAGGAAUUGAGAAGAGAAGGAAUGCCACCUGAUCGAAUAACGUUGGCUGCAGUUCUACUAGCAUGCAACUAUGGGAACUUGGUUGAUGAAGGAAUUAAAAUAUUUUCCCAAAUGGAGAUGGAAUUUGGAGUAAAACCAGAGGAAGAACAUUAUUCAUAUGUUGUGGAGAUGUUAUGUAGAGCUGGUAACCUCAAAGAAGCCGUUGACAUUGUGGAAAAGAUGCCGUAUAAAACUACCACGGACAUUUGGAGGUCAAUUCUUUCUGCUUGUGCAGUGUCUGGAGACUUGCAAGAUAUUGAAGUAGUUGCGACAAAAAUAAUGGAGAGGGCACCACAAAUAUCCUUACCUUACUUGGUGUUGGCUCAGGUAUAUCAGAUGAGUGGCAGAUGGGAGAGCGCGGUUCGAGUGAGGAAGGCUAUGGAAAAUAGAGGUAGUAAAGAGUUCAUAGGAUGCAGUUGGGUUGGCAUAAAAAACCAUGUAUAUACUUUUGAAUCAAAUCAAUUACAGCAUUAUGGUGGCAAAGAUAUUUAUCUGCUGCUGAAUUUGCUGGUAUGGGAGAUGGAGACAGAAUGUGGUGUCUAAAUAUUGUAUAGCAGUUUGUGGGGAAUAUGGAUGGUGAAUUGAAGUGGGGUUACAAUUUACAAACUCUGAUUGUGAUAUGUGAAAGUUAAUGGGUUGGGGGAUCAUAUUGGAGUUAAUAGACUUGGACUAUUUAUUGCUGGGAACGAGAUGAAAUUUAUAAUGUAGCAGUUACCAAAAUAAAGAUUAUAGGCUAAUAUUAGUUAGAUAAUUUGUUAGGGGAAGGAGGAAAUGGCAGUAGCCAAGAUCAUAAUCAUACAUCCUUCAUAAUAUUCUUUCA